AUGGCAUCCAGCGGCCAACGUUCCCUCGCUCCUCACCCGAGGCGACCUCCGGCUCACAAGUCUGUAUCGCUACCGCACUCUCCCACGAAGCAGAAUCCCUACACGGACUCCCCCACCCAAGCCUAUCCUCCGUCACAGUCCGCACCCAGAUCGCCCAGCAGCAACGAAGUCAACCCGUCCUCGAGUUACUCGUCGAAAUCCAACAACAUUGUCAAGAAGCACAGUUCUGGGGAAAGCAGUGACCCUGGCCAAUGGUUUGAAAGAUCCAACAACAACUUUACGCAGAGCACCGCGUCGUUCAUGGAUACUGACGAACCGCCUUUCUUCCUUCGGAACUCCUCCUCGUCCAACACGACACCAGACCAGCAGAUGCGACCAUCUCUAACUGCCCUACCGUACCGAAACCAGUUGACGCAAUUGGAAACAGAAGGCAGCAGCGCAGAUGAGUUCCGAAGCGUCAUCGAUGAUCUUACAAUUGAGAACAAAAAGCUGAAGCGCAAGCUGAGAAAGUAUGAGAAGUUGUACGAUGCACACCUUCAAGAUGAAAAGCUAUUUGAGAUCAGGGUCCACAAGUUACCUUCUUCGAAGAAGAGAGAGCUGGAAGAGACGUUGAAGAAAUUCGCUAUGGGCAUCGAUGAGAACUUGGAAAGCGAACCAAUAGGCAACGGGUUCGACCGCCCUACACCUCGACUCAAGCCGCACCAGACUACUUCAUCGUACACGUCAACCAGGGUUGCCGACUCCGCCUACGCAUCCGCCUCGCUUUCAGGACAGACUUCAACCGCUCCGUCCGGGCAUGACAGCAACCAUCGACAGAUGACCAAAUCGGAACUCUUCAGACAACAGCGAACCAUACAGUCAUAUCUUCACGACAUUCCAGCCGGACUGCUCCCCAAGCCUGCUGUAGCCAUGACUGAGAGAGACAAGAAGAAGUUGGUUGUCCGCCGAUUGGAGCAGAUCUUUACAGGGAAGGGCCCCGGCAGCGGCGAUCAUCAGCAACCGCUUCAGCAGCAGGAGGUUGCACAGUCAGCAGCAAGGGCCGACAGACGAGCAACAGAAGCAAGCGGGCAACACGCCCGGGGUGAGGGCCUGCGCCAAGCCAGAAUUAUGCUCGAGGAAGCGGAUGACCAGUCUAGACCCCAGGAACAGGGACCUGUUGAAUCUACGCAGCGCCUCAAUUCAGCCAUGAAAGUAUCAGAACAGGAUCUCGCCGACCAACGAUCUCCCGACCAACGGCCUACGCGACCACUGGACCUGAACCCCCAACGUGCGCAGGUGCCAGAGGACAACUUGCAGUACAUUCGACAUCUUGGCUUCUCUCCGAUGGACCUCGAUGCGAACGAAGCGCAAGAGGACGGCCAUGGCUGGAUUUAUCUUAAUCUCCUCAUAGGUAUGGCGCAGUUGCACACGAUCAACGUAACUCCCGAAUUUGUGAGGUCGGCUGUCACAGAUCUCAGCUCUAAAUUCGAGAUGUCAGAGGAUGGGCGGAAAAUCAGAUGGAAGGGUGGCCGCGACCGGACACGCAUGAGCAGCGACAGCCCGUCUAGUGGGCGCAGUGGUAGAUCGUCACCUGCCGAGGAUAUGGCUGUACAGAGAUUCGGCCAAAAACGUCGCAAGCUAGGCCAUGAUGGCAGCGACAGCGCAAGUGAACAAGUUCUCAACCGGAAAACAUUAGCGACGCAGCUGGCGAAGGAGAAGGAGAGGUUUGCCUAUACGCCGCUUUUCUUCCACAAAGAAGAAACAGACGACGAUUACGUGGUUUCCAAAGCCGAGGAAAGUGAUGCCGAAUCAUCUCCGCCAGCGUAUGUUCCCGGAAACUCAUCGGGGUUCCCUAACUUCGGUAUGGCACCGUUUGCGCGAAAGCGGCGAGCUGAUGGCCCAAUCAUCUUCUACAACAAGGCCAACUUCUGCACAGAUCUCAGCGGCGACAGCAAGUUGAAUUCGCACGCUUCCACCCACACGCCAAUAUACAGCAGUGUGACAUCCUAUCCUAUCGGAACAGACUCGAAACCUGCACACGAAAGCACCGGAGAUCUCGCUGAGACUCGGAGGCCCCUGGACCACGUCAAGAGCCUCUAUGACCGCAUCAGCCAGAUGGAUCUCGACGACAGCGACGUCGCUCUCCGCAUCCACUCUGAUCCCAUCAAAACUCCCGCCGCCAUCUUACCCCUUUCGAGACCCGCCCCAUUUGAGGUUUCUGGCGUCGGUGGGGUCUAUCCGGCUGACCACUUCGCCAUCCAUGUCCAGUGCCGCCAAACGCGCGUCAAAGGGCGCCCAGCACCGGCAUUCAAGGUCCCGAUGCGCUAUCCGCGCAAGAUUCAGCGGCUCCUCGAGCAGCGCCAUAAGGACUACUUGAUCAGCCGUCCGGCGGCCCACAACUCGAGGGCCGUGCCGGGGCCGACCAUCAGGACGGAAGUCAUCGCGGCCAGAAAGAGGGAUCUCCCAGCCUCGGUGCUCCCGCCGCCCAUCCACUUUAACCCCUGCGCGUCCGCGUCGGCGUCGGAGGACGAGGACGAUGAAGACGAAGACAAAGCCAGCGAUUCCGAUUCCAACGUCGACUCUGACUCCGAUGCCCCCAGCGCAGCGACUUCAGACCACCCAGCCGCUGCGCCCCAGCCUCUCAAUCUCGCCCUCUUCCCCUCCGACGCGCUCUCCUCCCGCACCCCUUCCCUUUCUGCCGAAGAGAGCACUUCUACAAGCUCCUCCCCCUCAUCCGACGAUGACGACGAUGGUGACGACGACGAAUCCGUGGACCUGCUCGCCACGGCCCGCGCGCUGGACCCGGCGACCAUCCGGGCCAGGGAAAGAGAAUACGACGCUAACAUGGCGGAGCGGCUUGCGGAGGAGAUCCCGGCUGGGAGUAGUGCUGCGACGGCGGGCGGGGGGAGUGGGUUUGUUAGUCCGGCUAGUCAAGGUGGGGCAAAGGGGGUGAAGAGGGGGAGUGGGAAGAGGGUUUAA